UGUAAAUUUAUUUCACCUCAGAGAGUAAACAGAUAUAUUGGAGCCCCAAGGGUUCAUGGGUAGCGUAUUUACAAAGGAGCCUCCUCCGCCAGCCCGUGCCACCGCUGCUAAUGAGAGCGGUCAUUAAGUAAAUGAGACAUCGCCUUUAGCUGGCUUAGGAGUUCGCACACUGAGGGGAGAAGAUAUUUAAUUGAAACCCACACACAGGCUUCCCCACACGUGACUGCGGUGAGGGAGGCAGCUGCCUUCCCCUCCCCCGUCCUCCCCCCACACCCCCCCCAUGUAAAUUUCAUGAUUGCUUUCCGUGAUGUCAUUUUGAAAGAGGACAGACAAUAGCUGUGGGGAAAGAAAAUGAGUUCCGGGGCAAACUUCUGACCCAGAGGUGGACACAGGAAGACAAGACCAGCAGCUGCAGAACUGAGAAACAUUUCCUGUGCAGAUAUAACAAGGACCCUCAGAGACCACAGGUGCAGACCUCAGGUAAGAAAGUUUUUCUGUUUGCAUGAGCAUUGCUCACUACCUGCUGGCAUGUAACGUUGGAGUUGUUAUAAAUUUCCCACAAACUCCUGUUUUCCCUGAGGAAACAGCUUUUCCUGUGACAUAUCUUGCUAUCUGCAUCCAAUUGUGUUUUUCUUCAGCUCCAAAUUGGCCCUGCCAUAGGUGACCCUCACACUGUUCUCCACUAGAAUUUAGACAAUCACCAUGGUCCUCAAAAACAGCAACAAGGUUCUUUUGGUGAUUUUUGUAGACAGUACUAUUCACUUGUAUAUCUACAUGUUUGCUGUCCACAGAACCAUGUGGAGAUGAUCUAUAGUAUGCAUGGCUCACAUUGGCUGACACACACAGGCUGUGGUGGGAGCAUUCUUAUUUUUUGAGACAGAGUCUCAUUAUGUAGUCCUGGAUGAUCUGAAGCUUGCUGUACAGACCAGGACGGUCUCAAACUUACAAAGACCUGCCUGCCUCUGCUUCCCAAGUGCUGUGAUUAAAGGUGUGUGACACAAUCUCUGGAUAUGGGAGUAUUUAUAUCUUACUGGCACAUAUUCUUUUCCUUCUCAAGAGCCUGUUUACCAGGACAGCAUAGCUCUAAUCUGAUAAGCAGACAAGACCUAUGUUUGUGUAGGAGCUCACACUGUGGAAUGUCAGAAUAGAGACUGUGACUCACAAGGGUCUUGCUGUUAUGGUUUGAGAGAAGAAUAUCAUGUAUGUACAAAUCAUGUAAGCCCAUUUGAAUGCAGCCCACUAUGUGGGACUCUUCAUAGAUGGUGGAUUUAUGCCUCAUUGGCUCAGAAUUCCUCAUCUUGCAGUACUCUUACACUUGGGCUAUCCCAUAGCUUAGGCAGAGUUCUUAGAAGGGCAUUUGUUCUCUGGGAGGCUGAAGGAUGGUUGUUAAAAGGUUAUCUGAAGAACUUGGACUAGAGCAAGCAGGAUCCAGUGAGGUCUCUUGGCCUUCUAUAAAUUUUCCUGUUUACUGAAUUUAACACUAGUUCUUAGGAGAAGAAAUAGAUUUAAUGCUUUUCCUUCAGCAUCCUUGGAAGAACUGACAUAUACUCCAGUUUGUAUUUUGGUAGAGUCCAACACCCAUUACAGGAUAUCAGAGAGGUUCUGUUGAGGUAGGAGUUAAGGAAGGGCUGGGAUCAGUAUCUUAGAGACACAUCAGUGGGCUGGUUAGGGUUGCCCUAAAUGUACCUUACAGCUCAACCUUUCUUCAUCUGGGAUCCUUCUUCUUUGAGCCAUAGCCAGCUCUUGCUCAGAGGACAGGUGAGUUCAAGACUCCUAACCCCCAUGUUUGGGAAGGAAUCAAUCCCUUAAAAGGGGAGAAGUUAGAGCAUGGUGCUCCAACCUGGGAUUUAGAUUGUCUCCAAAACUGGGUUCCUAGAUGCCUGUGGUUUGUGUUUAGACCCUUUAGAGCUGCUUCUAAAAUGCCUAUUGAGAGGUGGCCAUCAGCCAGCCCUCGGCUCUUCACCUGCUCCAUCUCCUAUGUCUCUGAUCUUGGUUUUAGUUACAUAGGCUCCAAGACCAGACUUGAGGAUUCAAGGACUUUACUUUUGAGUGCUUAUGAGCAUACACAAGCAUCUAUGUCUGCUUGUGAACUCCUAUGAUUGCCUAAGAGCACACCUAUGACUAUAUGAGCAUACAUGGGCACCAAGUGUCAGAGGAGGGAUCACUUUGACUUUGGCUUUUCUCCUACUAUGUAGAGGAGACUCAGGAGGCCUGGAGUCCUUAUCAAUCACUUACUUCUGUCCAACUCUAGGAGUUUGGAGGCAUUAGUAGAUGAUAGUGCACAUGAAUCCUCAGUGUGAUCUAAGCACUCACAUGUGCUCAUAGAUGGUCAAAGAUUCUUACAUAUUCUUAUAAGGGGGCAUUGAUGCUAGUGCAUACUCCUAGGUGCUCUUAUGUCCUCACAGAUUACUCUGGGAGGCUUAAGACUAAUAUCUGCUCCCAUUACAAUAUCUGGAGGCCCUGGCUGGAUCUCAUGUCACUCUGCUUGAUGUUUCCUGUUUCUAUGUCUAAGGAGUUUCCAGUUUCUAUCCAGAUGGUCUUGCCAGCUUCAUGUACUUGGGCUCAGAGCUGGGUGGGAAGGUACAGGCCCACAUGACUGGGGAUCUUUUCUGUACUUUUCUGAGUUAGGUACCAGAGUAACUUGGAGCAAGUGAAACAGGGACAGUGCCAGUGUCCUACAGGCCUACACAGCAGCUGUUGCCUAAUUGUCCAAUUAACUAAGUAAGUAAUCGACUAGUUGGGACCUCAGCUUCAAAUCCCAGCAACAAGGAAUUGUUUGUGAAGUCUCAAAGCUAGUUCUUGAGAGAGUGAAAGCAAAUGUGAGCUGGAUUUUACAACAGGCUGGCCAGGGAUAGCAAUAAUCCCCCAUCUGGAAAAUAAAAUACCUUUUGCUUUUUCUUCCUGGAAACUAUCAGGGGGUAUCCAUACAGAGGUGGGGUGGCCCCUUCCAUAGGUCCUAAGAGCCACUCCCUUUCUGCCUUCCUGUGCAGACUUUGGUAAGAUGUGCCAUUUUUUAGGAGAACCAAUACUGAUCCCAGAUAGGAACUGUGGUCCACAAUGGCAAUUCUGUUGGAAAUGGGCUAUUUGUCUCUACGUUGGAGCAGAUUUAGUUCCCCAACAAGGGGCUGAGGUCUUAUACACUCCCCCCCACAGCCUCAUAGACCAUCUUGCUGGUCUACAGUACCAUGAAUUAGUAGCAGCUUCUUGAACCGACAGAACUCUGAGCUAUGGUGGAACCUUGCCUUUCAUACCACAUAGAGGUACUUGCCCCUAUAGCUGUACUAACCUGAGUGGUCAGUGUUAGUGCUCAUGUUUAGAAGUUUUUAUUGGUUUUGUAAUGUUGAUAGCUAAAGGUGAGGAACUCCAGAAGGUCUCACUCCCAUCCUCUCGUACUUAUCAUUUUGGAAUGGCUGACUUUCUCAGUACAGCCAACAAGUUUUCUACCAAGCAGGAUAGGCAUCUCUUAGUGCAUUAGCCCCCUGGUUUCCUUUCCUAUGUGGAAGCAGAGACCCUCACCAGGCAGGGAGUACUAGAGCAGGGUCACUCCUAUGUGCUGUGGUUCUGGCUUGGGCCACACUCUCCUUCUUGAUUGGCAGCCCUAGUCCUGUUUCGUAGAAAGGGAGUACAAACUAUAGGCCUGGAUGCCGAGGCAUCACAGCACCAGUGAUGAACAUGAAGAAGUCCAAUUUCUGUGCUCUGGACUUGGGCCAGACAAGCCAUGAGUCCCUUUUAGAGAGGGGUACUUGCAUCCCAAGUCCCCUGAAAGCCUGGUGGAAGCUGAUAGAAUGUCUGCUGUGGGAAAAUGAACCCAUCCAGUAGAUGCCUUAAUCUUAUAUGUACAGAUCUUUAAUUAGACACAUUCAUAAAGUUGUAACUAGUUAUUAAUUUUUUAAAUGAGCUGAGUUAUUUCACUAAUUUUUAGCAAAUUGCCAGUGUCCACCUUGAGAUGAGUCAUUCAGAGAGCCUUUCUUGCUCUUCAGGGUGAGACCCAGGUUUCAAAAUCUAAGGUGAUCUCUCCUGCUUUUCCCUCCAGCUGUCCUACCCCAGGAUGUACUGGUUCAGGACAUGUGCGGGGCAAGUACUCCAGACAUCGAAGCUUACAGAGUUGCCCUCUGGCCAAGAAGAGAAAACUGGAGGAUGCUGAGGCUGAGCACCUGGUAUCCAAGAGGAAGUCACACCCUCUGAGGCUGGCUCUGGAUGAAGGCUACCGAAUGGACAGUGAUGGCAGUGAGGAUGCUGAGGUGAAGGACGCCUCUGUUUCGGAUGAAUCAGAAGGACCCCUGGAGGAGGCUGAGGCUGAGAUGUCAGGACAGGAGGAGAUUCAUCACCCCCAGCCAGCUGAAGGAAAAAAUCUCAUCAAACCCCAUUUUGGAUCCACCUCCACAAGCAGCCCUUCUGGCUUCUCCAAGGGCAGCUACAGCAGCUACCAGGGAAUCAUUGCAACUUCCCUUCUAAAUCUGGGCCAAAUUGCUGAAGAGACUCUUGUGCAGGAGGACUCAGUCCCAGUAGCUAAGUUGGGCCCCACUGUUGUUCAUCAGCUUCAGGAUGAGGCUGCAAGGGGGGCCACCAAUGAUGAAGGUGAAAAGGACCUCUUUAUACAGCCAGAGGAUGUGGAGGAGGUCAUUGAAGUCACCAGUGAACGUUCCCAGGAGCCAUGCCCCCAGUCUCUGGAGGAUAUGGUUAGUGAAGAGUCAAGCAAGCAGAAAGGUGUUCUAGGUCAUGAAGAGGAGGGAGAGGAUGAUGAGGAUGAAGAUGAAGAAGAGGAGGAGGAAGAGGAGGAAGGAGAGGAGGUAGAGGAGGAAGAGGAAGAGGAAGAAGAGGAGGAAGAAGAGGAGGAAGAGGACGAGGACGAAGAGGAGGAAGAGGAGGACGAGGGGGAAGCAACUCCAAAUGUGAUCUUUGGGGAAGACACCUCCCAUACCUCUGCCCAGAAAGCUUCCCCUGAGUUCCGAGGCCCAGAGCUAUCCAGUCCCAAGCCUGAGUAUUCAGUCAUUGUGGAGGUCCGUUCUGAUGAUGACAAGGAUGAAGACUCACACUCCCAGAAGUCAGCGGUCACCGAUGAAUCAGAGAUGUAUGACAUGAUGACCCGUGGGAAUCUGGGCCUUCUGGAGCAGGCCAUCGCCUUGAAGGCUGAGCAGGUGCGGGCUGUCUGUGAGCCAGGAUGCCUGCCUGCUGAGCAGGGCCAUCUAGGCCCAGGAGAGCCAGGGAAGGUGGCAAAGCCCCUGGACGUGGUGAGGAAGAGCUGCUACAGCAAAGAUCCUUCCAGGGUGGAGAAGCGUGAAAUCAAGUGUCCGACACCUGGCUGUGAUGGCACUGGCCAUGUUACUGGGUUGUACCCUCAUCACCGCAGCCUGUCUGGAUGUCCCCACAAGGAUAGAAUCCCUCCAGAGAUCUUGGCCAUGCAUGAAAAUGUGCUGAAGUGCCCCACUCCUGGCUGCACGGGCCAAGGCCAUGUGAACAGCAAUCGCAAUACCCACAGAAGUUUGUCUGGGUGUCCCAUUGCUGCUGCUGAAAAAUUAGCCAAAUCUCAUGAGAAGCAGCAACUGCAGACAGGAGAUCCUCCCAAAAAUAACUCCAAUUCAGAUCGGAUCCUCAGGCCCAUGUGUUUUGUGAAGCAGCUUGAGGUUCCUCCUUAUGGGAGCUACCGGCCCAGUGUGGCUCCCACCACGCCCAGGGCCAACUUGGCCAAGGAGCUGGAGAAGUUCUCCAAAGUCACCUUUGACUACGCAAGUUUUGAUGCUCAGGUUUUUGGCAAACGUAUGCUUGCCCCAAAGAUUCAGACCAGCGAAACCUCACCCAAAGCCUUUCAAUGCUUCGAUUACUCUCACGACGCUGAGGCUGCACACAUGGCUGCCACUGCCAUCCUGAACCUCUCCACUAGAUGCUGGGAGAUGCCAGAGAACCUCAGCACAAAGCCACAGGACCUCCCUAGCAAGGCUGUGGACAUUGAGGUAGAUGAAAAUGGAACUCUGGAUUUGAGCAUGCAUAAACAUCGCAAGCGGGAAAACAACACUUUUCCCAGCAGUAGCAGCUGCAGUAGCAGCCCUGGAGUCAAGUCUCCUGAUGUCUCUCAGCGCCAGAGCACUGCCAGUGCCCCCAGCAGCUCCAUGACCUCACCCCAGUCCAGCCAGGCCUCCCGCCAGGAUGAGUGGGACCGUCCCCUAGACUACACCAAACCUAGUCGCCUUCGAGAGGAAGAGCCUGAGGAGUCAGAGCCAGCAGCACAUUCUUUUGCUUCUUCUGAAGCAGAUGAUCAGGAGGUGUCAGAAGAGAACUUUGAGGAGCGGAAGUACCCAGGGGAAGUCACCCUGACCAACUUUAAGCUGAAGUUUCUCUCCAAGGACAUAAAGAAGGAGCUUCUCACCUGUCCCACCCCUGGCUGUGACGGCAGUGGUCAUAUCACCGGGAACUAUGCCUCCCAUCGCAGCCUCUCUGGUUGCCCUCUUGCUGACAAGAGCCUCAGAAACCUCAUGGCUGCCCACUCUGCUGACCUCAAGUGCCCCACACCUGGCUGUGAUGGCUCUGGCCACAUAACAGGGAACUAUGCUUCACACCGGAGUUUGUCAGGCUGCCCACGUGCCAAGAAGAGCGGACUCAAGGUGGCGCCUACCAAGGAUGACAAGGAGGACCCUGAGUUGAUGAAGUGCCCAGUUCCAGGCUGUGUGGGACUCGGCCAUAUCAGCGGCAAAUAUGCCUCUCACAGGAGUGCUUCUGGCUGCCCGCUGGCUGCUCGGAGGCAGAAAGAGGGAGCUCUCAAUGGUUCAACUUUCUCCUGGAAGUCACUGAAGAAUGAAGGCCCUACUUGCCCAACCCCAGGCUGUGAUGGCUCUGGCCAUGCCAAUGGCAGUUUCCUCACCCACCGGAGUUUAUCUGGAUGUCCCAGAGCAACCUUUGCUGGAAAGAAAGGAAAACUCUCAGGUGAUGAGAUUCUCAGCCCAAAGUUCAAGACAAGUGAUGUGCUGGAGAAUGAUGAGGAGAUCAAGCAGCUGAAUCAGGAGAUACGAGACCUAAAUGAGUCCAAUUCAGAGAUGGAGGCUGCCAUGGUACAGCUGCAGUCCCAGAUCUCUUCCAUGGAGAAGAACCUGAAGAACAUUGAGGAGGAGAACAAGCUCAUUGAGGAGCAGAAUGAGGCCCUGUUUCUGGAACUGUCCGGGCUGAGCCAGGCCCUCAUCCAAAGUCUUGCCAAUAUCCGCCUUCCACACAUGGAGCCAAUAUGUGAACAGAAUUUUGAUGCCUAUGUGAACACCCUCACUGACAUGUACUCCAAUCAGGACUGCUACCAGAACCCGGAGAACAAAGGCCUUCUGGAAACGAUCAAGCAAGCUGUGAGGGGCAUUCAGGUUUAGGCUGCACUUUGCAGAGAAGUCCCUGCUCUGCUCCUCACAGUGGGGACUUCUAACUUACAGCUACUUCUAAUUGGCAGUCUGGAUAGAGCCUUGGGCAGCUUACCCAAAGGGGAGCCUGGAAAUCAGUGUCUCCUAUGAUGUCCCCAUUAGGCCCAGGCAUAAAGACCUAUGUGAGUGCCUGGGGAUACUGAAGUAUUACAAAGUGAUUUAUUUUUGUUUUUUGAAAGAAAUCUGAAGAGCAGCUCAAAGUCUCCAGUGGAAGCUCAUGGACAAGGUUCUCAGGGAAGUUUUGGAGUUUGCAGCCACAGUAUUCCAUUGUCUGUUGAGGCUGGGAGGGCAGCCAUGGACUUGGUGGGUGUUAGUCUCAGCAGGAGGGCAUACCUAGGCUUUUGGCUAUGCUCACUGAUGCCCACGUGGCAAGCAUGUUUUGUGUUUUCAUUUAAUUCAGCUUUGUGUUAAAGGUGCACAAUGCUCUGCUUCAGAGGUGAAUCUAGGAACAGGCCUUCCAGAUGGCAGUCUACACAGUUGAUGAGCAUCAUAGAAAGUCAGCUGAAGGUAUUUUUCACUUGGAGGCCCUGAAAAUCAGCCACUUGCCUGGGCAGCAGAUACCUGUAGGUCAUGCAGACCUGCUUCCUCCUGGCUCCAGUCUUUAAACCCCUGGCCUGGGCUCUAAGUCCAGGAACGCUGGGCCAGGCCUCUGGUGUCUGUACUUCCACCCAGGUGCUAGACCCAUCAUUAUUAUCUUUUCCUGUGUAGGCUUGCUCUCUGUAUCCAAGGUGACUCAGGUGGGGACAGUGAGAUCAGAGGUAAUUGUUAAUGAGAGACCACCAAUAUUUCACUUCUUUUUAGAUCCAUUCAAGAUGUGAAAAGGGUAAAUUUUAAUUUAAUGUGUUAAAAACACAAUGUUCUUACUGUGUAAAUAGAGUCCAAGUCAAUUGUGACUGCAAUUCCAAAUUAGUAUUUAAAAGUAGAGAAAUUGCACUUCCUGGAAGACACUGAAAGUAGCUAGUUUAUUCUGUAAAUUAUUUAAUUUUGUCAUGAUAUAAGUAUUUAUAUUCAUACCCUCUUAUGUUAAUGUCUUGUAUUUAUUAUUUUUAUUUAUUAAUUUUAUACUAUUUCAACUAGACUACACACUAGGGCACCAUAAGAGUUACAUAAGUUAAAUCAAAACAAAAACAUUUAUUUGACUAUAAGAUAGCCCACAAAGAAUCUUGAUAUAACUCCUAGUUAUAAUUUUGAUGCAACUGAGUUAUUUUUUAUAUAUUUUGUUAUUUAUUCUUUUAAUAAUGGAAUUUUUUAAAAAAGUAUUUUGUAACUGAGGAAUUUUGAUAAUUUGAGUUUUCUCCCCAUUGGUCCAGCAGAGAGAAAGGUGUUCUGGUUUUCUUUUUCCCUUUGGUUCCUUUUGUCAGGCCAAUAACAGCAAAUGGAAUUCUGUAUUUAUUAUUAUUUACGUGUAGUGCAGAUGUGUGUGCUCUGGUGUUUCUUGUGUUGCAUUUGUGGAGGUUCUUAUGGAUGAUUCAUGUUGCUGUGAGGGAGUACUGGCCAUGAUCAGUUCUAGGCAGUUGCCUAGACUCACUGGCCAAGCUGCCCAGGACCUUGAUACCCCAAUACUGUGACCCUCCUUCCUCAGGAAACACGUUGGACCCACAGUACUUCGUGGUGUGUUUGGAGGGUGAUUUCUAAUAAAAGUCUAACUGUGCAUAGGUGCUAUGGUCUGUGAGGAGACUGCUACUCUGCUCCUUGUGCUUCAGGGAGGACUGUGUGGGUAGUCAUGGUAAGAAGGCUCUUCCAUUUAAGUCUUUCUCUGGUACCAAUGCGGAUCAGCCAACACUUCUGCUGGACCUGCCUUUCCCCCAAGUGUGGUUCUUCAAGGUCUAACUCACUGCACCCUACCUUUUCCCAUGAGUCAGGCAUGUCCAAGUCAUGUUUUUUCCCCCCCAGGAGUUUUCUCUUAGAGUCAGGAAGAAACAGUCAUUCUGCUUGAGUUGCUAGGUUAGAGGUAUGUAGUGUACCUGUGCUUCCAUACCAUCUUUCUAGCCAUAAGUGGAUAAGAGCUUAGACAUUCUGGAGGGAGGCAGAGGUAAGAACUGGGUUAGAAGUAGAGGAAGAACGAGAUCUCUGAUGACCCCAGAGCUAUUAGAUCUAGCUAUGCCUGAACAGUCUACUCUUGGACUUCCUGUAUAUGAGGCAGUGGGUUCCUUUUAUUUGUUUUAGCUCAUGUGCUUUGGCUUUUUUGCCCUUCAGAGGCACCUUUCCACUGUCACACUUUUGUGACAGGUACAUUUAUAGUUUUUCCAAGUUCAGAUUUGCAUUUAAGGCAAGUAAGAUUCAACCUGACCUCUCUAGAAAUGUUGCCCAGAGUUCUUCUGAUAUAGAGACAGAACCCAUCUUCCCUGAAAAUUUCUUAGAAACUCUGGGCUUUAUUUCCAGCUUCUGCUCCAGUCAGGUAAGGCCCUGGGUGCUGGGGCCACACACCAGUGAACCAUGCAGAAUCUGCAUAACUGUGAGGAAGAACUACUGGGGAUUUCCUUGGCCAAGGGUACACCAUGGAUAGUAGUGGUCUGGGGUUGCAACCUUUCACAUGGACAUAGGUGCUAUGGCAUGGGCCAGGGUGUGGGCAAGCAGAGCAUCUUUGCUGCAAACUGAGCUCAUCUUAGGUUAUAAAAAUUGUGAUGGUCCUUGAUGGAGUAAAAGAGGAGAGGGUGUUCCCAGGACCCCAAUAUGGCUGCCUACAGAGGUAAGUAGCUGAGACUGCGGAAGAAUGAGAUGCCAUGGGAGGAAAGGCCCACAUCUGCCCUCAUGUGAGAAUCACAGCCCUUAUGUUUGGGUCAUUAUCCCUGUUCUAUCACUGCCCAUAGUUUUCUUCCUUUUGAUUUUGAAGGGUUGUUUAGCCUGUCAUAUACUGUUGAAAUAGCACGUCAUGGGAACUGCCCACCCCAGUCUCCAACCUAGAGCUUCUUCAUAAUCAUAUACAGCAUGAACAAAUGGCCUAGGAAACACAAAGGGUUUACUUAAAAAAUCUCCAAAUAAUUCCAAAGAGCUGCAAUGCCAAAAAUCACCAAAGUGUGUGAAAGCAGUUUGUGAAGGGCAGGAGCUCAUACUUAGUGAGUUUUGUUAAAAUCAGAUGACACAUCUGUCUGCUUCUGGUCUUUGUGGAGCUUUCAAGUACUACACAUAACUAAGAACACAAUGUAGGGGGAGGAAGACUCUAGAGGUCACUGUCACAGCUGUAGUGGUUAUGUAUGUAUGGUCACAGAGGACUUUAGAAGUAGGAGACUUGUGGGCAACUGAGCAAAGAACAGUACCUAGUCUCAGGCUCUAAAUGGAGUCCUGGUCUGUCUGAUGCACAACUACCUUUAGCAGCAGCUCCAUCCCAGGGCUGGCCAGGAACUGAGCAGUUGAUGGCCAUGACUAUAUGAUCAAAUCUUCCUUUGGCUUCCCUAAGAUGUGUGGUUGUUAAGAUUUCUAAUGGAGGCCAUGUUUGGGAUCUGGCUGGUGGUUUGUCAUACAGGGAGUUCUUAGAAAGAGAAACUCUAGGGAAGAGAACCCUUUCUUUUUAAAGAGGUUCAAUGUUUGGAGAAUUGUUUGGUGUUAUAGAUCUUUUGGAGUUUUCCACACCCCGUUCUUCUAGUUCCAGGAUUCUGGGAGGAACUAGGAUCCUCAUGUUGGGGCUCCCAAUCCUUAGUGUCUUUCAGAUUAAAGUGCUCAGCUUUUGGGCACUACAAUACCCUGAGCUCUUGAUUGUUAAGUUCACUGAACUCAGCAGGCCUGGACCUAGACAUGGCUCUAUAGGGCAAGCAGUUCUUCCAGCCUCAGGAAGGUGGGGCCAUGGCUAUUUCCAGGGUGUUAGAAAGAUACACAACCCCACAGUUGGCAGUGGCAUGAGAGACUCAACACUAGGAAGAUGCUGUCUCUUGCUUAGAGGGACUGACCAGUCCACUAGUUUGCUGGGUGCUGGAAGGGGAGUUGCCAUAAAGUCACAGCAAAUGUCCUCUAGAAUUCAUUUUGGUGAAUUCCUCCCAUAGUGAAGCCUUUCCUCUCAGCUUGUAAAUAUUCUCUUACUCUUUCAAGAAAAUAAACUUCUAGUUUCUCUACAGGGGAGGGAUCAUUCUCCAGUUGUGGUUGGGACCUGGGGGUCUGCAGCUUCUGAAAACAUUUGCCAAGAUCAUCUUUGUUUGAACACUUGCACAUCUCCAGCAGAAUCUAGUGCUGCCAGUUCUUGGGGUGGGGGUGAUUUAAAGGCUAGAUUUUGUUGGUUCUGAGCUUCCUAUACUCUGGCUAGAAUUCAGCAUUUUGUGGCAUUUGUCUCCCAUUGAAAAGUUUUAUGGCCUCUGAAAACAUUAUUGCCUCCUCUCCCACAUCCCCAUCCCUGAAAAUUUAUGCCUUAAAAGCUGUUAUUUAAGCUGGGUGGUAGUGGCACAUGCCUUAAUCCCAGAAUUUGGGAGGCAGAGGCAGGUGAAUUUUAGUGAGUUCCA